GCUUCCUUACCGACGGUUGAAGCAGCAACGUCACGUCAGCUUGCGUGUGAACCCGUUAAAGUUCCCACAGUUAAAAAAAAAACACUCCAAAACAACGGGGGGAAUAUGGACGACGACGUGCUCACGACUCUGAAAAUACUGAUAAUAGGAGAAAGCGGCGUCGGGAAGUCCAGUUUGCUUUUGAGAUUCACAGAUGAUACCUUUGAUCCAGAGCUAGCAGCAACAAUUGGUGUCGAUUUCAAAGUAAAAACUAUUUCAGUGGAUGGUAACAAGGCAAAGCUUGCAAUAUGGGACACAGCCGGCCAAGAGCGCUUCAGAACCCUAACGCCAAGCUACUAUCGCGGUGCACAAGGAGUUAUCUUGGUAUAUGAUGUCACGAGACGGGAUACUUUUGCCAAGCUUGAUAACUGGCUAAACGAGCUGGAGACGUACUGUACAAGGAACGACCUCGUGAAAAUGCUGGUUGGGAACAAAAUCGAUAAGGAAAACCGGGAGCUAGACAGGAACGAAGGCCUGAAGUUUGCAAGAAAACAUUCCAUGCUUUUUAUAGAGGCGAGUGCGAAGACCCGAGAUGGAGUGCAGUGUGCGUUUGAGGAGCUGGUGGAGAAGAUCAUCCAGACCCCGGGGCUGUGGGAGAGUGAGACGCAGGGUCGGGGGGUGCGUCUGUCUGACCAGGAGGGGCGCGGCGGGGGGGGCUGUGGCGGCUACUGCUCCUUGGUGUAACCCCCACCGCCCCACCGCCCCAUCCCCCUUCACGGAGGAAACCUAACCAAACACACACACACACAGAAUGGCAAAUUUAAGGAAAGAAAGAAAAAAACAAACAGACAAGGAAAGCAUCAUUUUCCAACUAUUUAAACACAGCCUCUGAAGAGUAAAUAGCGGUUCUAUACACACGCUCGGCGGCUGGCGCUCCUAGGGACUUUGCUAUUUGCACACUCACCCCCGGUAUCAUGGCAGCGCUCUUGGAGUGUUAAACAUCGCUCCUUCCCCCCGACCCCGACCGCCCCCCCCUCACCCCGCCGAAUGACGACGUUGCUCGAGCGCCCUCUGCUCCGCCCUCUGAGCACGGCACCAUGGCGACGGCCAGCGGCCGCUGGUGGACAGCACAGCAGGUGUCCUUCCCAGAGCCGCCGAGGGUGGAACAUUCGGAAGCAUUCUGGAACCGUCUGAACCAAUCGCGGCAGAGCUAGACAUAUCCAUCCCUCCUGCCUUUUAGAAUAAUGUAUUUUUUACCUUGUGUACUUGAUGGCGCAUUUCUGUUGUAGUGUGCAAAAACAGCAUUUCUUUCUGGCUGCCUGUUUCUCUCUCUCUCUCUCGCUCUCUCUCUCUCGAAUGUGCAAACUUGCAGAUGCGACUCAUACUGCCUCGGCAAGCACAGCCUUGCUCCUCGAGAAGCAGGAGUCUCUAGCAUGCUUCUUCUUCCUGCUCUGCAUGAUCAUGCCUUGUGCUCCUGAUUUAGGGAAGAUGGGGGCAGAGGUGGGCCUCUUCCCCUGCAUUAUUUUAUCAGCUGAAGCUGUGGCUGGGCUGCGCUCUAGCCAGACCAACAGGCUCGCGCAUAAUGUACCUCUGUUGUCCAAAACCAGCUGUUUGUUCGGAAUAAUAGAGUUACCAACUUCUUGGAACUAAGUUUUACUGCUUUUAUUAACUUGGACUCCACGCUUUAAAUAUGUUUUGAAGGGUUUAUAAAUCAAACGGCUUGGCACAGAGGCUUUCUGUUGUGCACUUAAAGAAAAAAUGGAAAAAAAAAACAGUGCAUGUCUUGUCUGGUUUGAGGGUUCCUCUACCCUGGCUUUAAAGGCCUGUGAACCCCGCUGACUCCGCCCUCUCCCUUCAGAGAUCCAGCUCUGUCCAUUGCACCAGGGUCACACUUAAAAAAAAAAGAAAAAAAAAGGUCUUUAUAAAAGAACCGUGAGAACACCACCUCAGUGUUUCCACUAAGAAAGGAAGAGGUGCAAGGUUUUGAGUCCGUGUCCUUUCCUUUCCCCUCUCCUUCAGUCGCUCACCUUUAUUUUAAUUUGAGGCUGGCUGUCCCUGUACCUUCUGUUGUAUCCCUGCGUGUGCAUUCCCACGGUCACCUGCUUCCUUUUUCCCUGCCUGUAGUUAUCGAGUGCCAGGGGAUAGAUGGGUAAUUUAGAAUUGGUACACUGGUGUACAAAUAAUCAUGGUGAAUGGGGAUGAAACACAUGCCUUUUUGUCUGUUCAGAGUAUUCUUUUUGUUCUCUGUUUAUUUUUUUUAAACUGCAUGGAAGGUUGUCUGUGUUGUGACACAGAAUUGCAUACCCUUUUUCACGUGUUUAUUCAAUAAUAAACUGUAUUAAUAACUUGCAAAGUUAUUGUAUUGUUUUAAACACUUGCACAUUGUAAGGGUCUGGGGUGUUUGGGGUUUUUUCCCUGUGAUGAUUAUUUUUGAGUACUUUACAUAGGGAAUAUUGCCUCUUGACAAGCUGCAUUUAAGUGACCACUAAUUACUU